UUCAUUUAUACUUGGCAUGGUUUGUUAUCCUUUCAUGUCAUGUGUGAACACACUCAAUUCUUUAUUAAUGAGACUAAUGACAGAUUUUUUGAGCAUAAUCACAAAUACUCUUACCUGCACAUUACCUAUCAAAAGAUCCAAAUAAUCAAUACUCUUGAUGACCCUUGAUUCCUCCACCAGCUUUUCUCUUUGAGUAACUUUUCAACAACCAAAUUUCUACACUAGGUCAAGCUAACUCUUAUUCUGCUUUAUCAAGUAAAUUUUCUACCACAGGGAAGGUCACUUUUUUGUUCUGUUUAGCACCCCCAUCCAUUCCCUAAACACCAGAAAAAAAAAAUGGUAAAAACUAGGCACCAUAUCUUCCUUCACCAUGUGUUUGGUAUGGUCUAGGCCAAAAAGAAAAAUGGGGCAUCAUAAAUUGAACCAGUGUCCUUAUAUGAUCAGAAUUAAGGUAGUCUCCUCAAUUCAUUUUUAUCAUAUCAGAUCCUUUCUAGGGACGGGAAAACUGUUACUUCUUCCUAGACACAAUAAAGGAGCGCUCAAAACCACAUUUUUUUUCUUCUUUGCAUUUACCAAUCCUUAAAUGCUGAACCAGAGGUCAGAGCAGACCCAUUUAAUGGCCUUGUACGCAUAGGUGGAAGUGCCUUUUUUAUCUACCUAUACACUUUCUCUAGUCUGUCCUAGAAACCUUAAGUUUUCACUACUUGGCACGCUGUGCAGCAUUGCAGCUAAUUAAGCACCACCAUCACUAUCUUAUAAGGGGGGGAAAUAACAACUUGUGUUGUGUCUAUAUAUAAUAAGUAGUGAGGGGGUUAAGGUUGGUGUUCUCAUCCAUAGUUCUCACUGGUUUUCUCUCUAGGUGGAUUUGAGGAACUCUUUUAUAUUGAACUGUGUUUCUUGUUUCUGAGUGCUGAUUUUGGAGGAGAAAUGAGUAGUUAUUUGGGUGUAGGUGUUAGUCCUGGGAAUGUCCCAGUUUACCACAGCACAAAUGUGAAAGUGUUAGAUAGGAAGAUCAAGAUAACAGAAUUGGUGUUGAGGUGUGUGAUCCUUGGUUUAGGGGUUCUUGCAGCUGUUCUUGUGGGGACUGAUUCCGAAGUCAAGGAGUUUUUCUCAUUUCAGAAGGAAGCUAAAUUUACAGACAUGAAGUCUUUGGUGUUCCUGGUGGUUGCAAAUGGGUUAGCUGCUGGCUACUCCUUAAUCCAAGGGUUGCGCUGUAUCCUUAGUAUGAUCAGGGGAAGAGUACUCUUCAGCAAGCCCCUAGCUUGGGCCAUUUUUUCUGGUGAUCAGGUAAUGGCCUAUGUAACAGUGGUGGCAUUGGCGGCGGCAGGGCAAUCGGGUAUGAUUGCAAGGGUUGGCCAGCCAGAACUGCAAUGGAUGAAGAUAUGCAACAUGUAUGGGAAAUUCUGCAACCAAGUGGGAGAAGGGAUAGCUAGUGCUUUUGUGGCUAGCCUUAGCAUGGUGGUCAUGUCUUGUAUUUCUGCUUUCAGCCUCUUCCGUUUGUAUGGUGGUAACAAAACCAAAAAUGUGCAUUGGUAGGUUAGAAACUACUACCAGUGGUUCAAGGUUCUUCUUGUAUAUGUAGUAGUGAAUGAUUAUGGUAAUAUCUAUUGCAAUGAUCACUUAAUAAUUGAUGGCAGUAAUAUAAAGUUUAGGUUCUUUGAUAAAUUUA